CGCCCAAAAAUUAACCAGCGCUGCUCCGUCGUUGUCGCCCUCAACUCAACGAAGAGCCGAUCCCAAUUCUCUCUAAAAUUCUCUCUCUAGAAUUUCUCCUUCUCUCUCUCUAAAAUUUCGUGGCGCCUAUAUCGGACUCUCCGCCACGUGGCACUCUCGCCGGGUUUGGACUCUUCGGCAGCAACGAUGAAACCUGGCAGCCCAUUGAUUUCUGUUCACCCUGAAGAGCUCAAUUUUGAAUUUGAGCUGGACAAGCCUUCUUAUUGUAACCUCAAGGUUGUUAAUAACACCGAGCACCAUGUUGCCUUCAAGGUCAAAACAACUUCACCAAGGAAGUAUUUUGUACGACCAAACACAAGUGUAGUACAACCAUGGGACUCAUGCACCAUAACAGUUACUCUGCAAGCACAAAAGGAGUAUCCUUCUGAUAUGCAGUGCAAGGAUAAGUUCCUUCUUCAAAGCACAAAAGUUCCUCCGAGCACUGACAUUGAUGAGAUCCCUCAGGAUACAUUUAAUAAAGAUGGGAAUAAAGUUAUUGAGGAAUGCAAGCUUAGGGUUAUUUACACGAUUCCAUCACAGUCUGGUGCUGAUGGGGAUUCAGGACUGAGCAGGAGACUCAGUGCAGAAGAGAUGCAAACUGUACAACGGCUGAAAGAGGAGAGGGAUUCUACCCUACAACAGAAUAAAGUACUACUGCGAGAACUUGAAAUGUUGAAGAGACGCAGAAACCGAAAGGGCGAUGCAGGCUUUUCAUUGACCUUUGCUGCUUUUGUUGGACUAAUCGGUUUGCUGGUUGGCUUCAUUCUAAAUCUCGCCUUGGCUUCACCGCCACCACCACUACCAGUACUGGCACCAGAACCACCAAUGCCACUGACGCUAGAAACAGUAGCAACAUCAGCAACACCGGCAGUAAUAGGAACUCCAGCAGUGCCAGAAAUUAUAGAAACACCAGCAAUACCGACUGAAUAAGUUCAUCUCAUGCAAGUUGGGAGUUCUUUCUUCGUCCCUAAUGCUUGAUGUUGGAUUUUGCAACCUUCAGUCUUGAUGCUUCUGUUGGUGUAACCGGCUGAUGAUGAAGAUAAUAGCUCCGUUGUUGUGUCACUUCAUUUAUUUUUUUGUUCUUUUGUUUCUUUUAUUAUGAAUUUGGUUGACGGAUGUUGGGUAGUUUUUGUGUUUGUUAUGUGCAUUGUAAUUAAUUAAUUGUUCUGAAGUGGAGGAAUUUUUUUUUUUUUCUGAAUCUGAUUCUAUAUCUUUUCUCUAGUUUGUUGUGUAAAAUACCCAAGUUAUUUGCAAGCGUUUUGCUCUGA